UUUUUGGGAUGUACAUACCGGCAGAAAGGGGAGUAAAUGAAGAUAGUUGCUCAUUGAAACUCCAUACUGUAUUUGGUGAGCCACGCAACUUUGACCCGAGCUUCAGAGGACCAAUCCAUAACAGGGCCUGCACGGAUGUGUUGUGCUGUGUCAUCUUCGUCAUCGUCAUCCUCGGCUACAUCGCUCUGGGCACCGUGGCCUGGAUCCAUGGCGACACCAGGAAGGUGGUCUACCCCACCGACAGCCACGGACAGUUCUGUGGACAGCAGGGGACCCCCAACGCCAACAAAGCCAUAUUAUUCUACUUCAACAUAUUGCAAUGUGCCAAUCCUGCCGUUCUCAUUAACCUCCAGUGCCCUACAACCCAACUCUGCGUCUCCAAGUGCCCAGACAGAUUUUCCACAUACCUAGACAUGCAGUACAACUACAGGUACAACAACAGCUACUGGGAGUAUUACAGGCAGUUCUGCAAGCCGGGCUUCGACAAUCCUAGAAAGUCAGUUGCACAUGUCUUGAGAGAUGAGGACUGCCCAUCUAUGAUAGUGCCAAGCAGACCUUUCCUUCAGAGGUGCUUCCCUGACUUUAUCACCAGGAACGGAACGCUAACUGUCGCCAACAAGACAGACUUCAAAGAUGGGUUAGGUAAAACGAGGAGCGUGAUCGAUCUCAGGGAUGCUGCCAAUGGCAUUACCAGUCUGCUAGAUGCCAAGGAGGUUGGCAUGAAGAUAUUUGAGGAUUACGCCAGCUCCUGGUACUGGAUCUUACUAGGUCUGGUGAUAACCAUGGUGGUCAGCCUGGCUUUUAUCCUGCUGCUACGGUUCACAGCCGGAGUUCUCCUGUGGCUCAUCAUCUUUGGAGUCAUCGCUGUGGUGGGUUAUGGGAUCUGGCACUGCUACUGGGAGUUCAGUACACUGAGAGGGAAGCCACACAGUGAUGGUGAUGUUACCAUCUCUGACAUCGGCUUUCAGACGGACUUCAGGGUUUACCUGCAGCUCAGUCAAACCUGGCUCAUCUUGAUGAUCUCCCUAUCAGUCAUUGAGGCGGUCAUCAUAGUAAUCCUGAUAUUCCUGAGGAGGAGAGUACGUAUUGCCAUCGCUCUGCUGAAGGAGGGGAGCAGGGCCAUUGGUUACAUCAUGUCCACUCUCUUCUACCCGAUCAUCACUUUUGUUCUGCUGGCCAUCUGCAUAGCGUACUGGGCAGUCAUUGCUGUCUUCUUAGCGUCAUCUGGUGAUGCUGUGUACAAGGUCAUGUCGACGCAGGACAAAUGCAUGUAUGCCAACCUCACCUGUGAUCCAGAGAAGUUCAGUCAGACCAACGUGACCAUGGUGUGCCCAGGCUCCCAGUGCACCUUUGCCUUCUACGGCGGCGAGAGCCUCUACCACAACUACAUCUUUGUGCUGCAGCUGUGCAACCUGCUGGUGUUCCUGUGGCUAGUCAACUUUACCAUCGCUCUGGGACAGUGCACCCUGGCCGGGGCCUUCGCUUCCUACUACUGGGCCCUGAGGAAGCCCCAAGACAUACCAUCAUGCCCCUUGUUUUCCUCCUUUAGCAGGGCUGUACGGUACCACACAGGCUCUCUGGCAUUUGGCUCUCUGAUCCUGGCCUUUGUGCAGAUGUUUCGCAUCGUUCUAGAGUAUCUGGAUCACAAACUCAAAGGUGCUCACAAUGCUUUUGCCCGUUUCCUGAUUUGCUGUCUCAAAUGCUGCUUCUGGUGCCUGGAACAUUUCAUCAAGUUCAUGAACAGGAACGCCUACAUCAUGAUGGCGAUAUAUGGAAAAAGCUUCUGCACUUCGGCCAAAGAUGCUUUCUUCCUCCUGAUGAGGAACGUAGUAAGGGUGGCAGUGCUGGAUAAGGUGACAGACUUUCUCCUCUUCUUGGGAAAAGUGCUUAUUUCAGGGAGUGUUGGUGUUCUAGCAUUCUUCUUCUUCACCCGUAAGAUUCCAGUUAUUCAAGAGGAGGUGCCAUCACUAAAUUACUACUGGGUCCCCCUACUGACGGUGAUAUUUGGAUCCUACCUGAUCGCGCAUGGCUUCUUCAACGUCUAUGCUAUGUGUGUGGACACCUUAUUCCUUUGUUUCUGUGAAGACCUGGAGAGGAACGACGGCUCGCCCCUCAAGCCCUUCUACAUGUCCCCUCAACUGCACAGGAUCCUCCGCAGAGAGCAGGGCUCCAAGCUCUACGCUUCCUCCUGAUAGGCCACAACACUGAACCUCUUUCACCUGAUAGGCCACAACACUGAACCUCUUUCUCCUGAUAGGCCAAAACAAUGAACCUCUUUCUCCUGAUAGUCAGAACACCUGAUACACCGAAUGACUGUCUCAUUCAGCAUCUGUGUGUGUGGGGGUGAUUGUGUUCUGGAGGAUACUAGAGCAGGGCCUUAUGGCUGGGCUGGACUCAUGCAUGGAGGUGACCUGACUGGUCAGGACUGACCAGGAAGGCCUUGGCAGGACAUGGCAGGACCCAAGAGGGUGGUGUAUGUGGGUGGGGUUUAGAAAGAGGCGGAGCUCUGUUCAACUUCCUCCCUCUCACCGCCUGCACCGUCGCUGAUACUUCUAAUAUUAGCCUUUUUUCUCUGCUGUGCUUCUGUCCCUUUCUUUGUUGUGUCGAGACUCUGCUGGCCUCUGUCUUACUUAGAGAGCGCUGCAGCAGCACAGUGGACAUGGGUGAAAUUGCCAUUAGCCCAAUACACUGCAAAAGGCACAUACACUGCAGAAGGAGAUCUCUGUAUUUCGGAUGCAAUUGGUGUAGUUUUGCAGAUGGUUGUGGGGUGAUGGAAGGUAAGGGCGCCCCCAUGUGACACUACUGUGUUUGUGCAAUGGUUCCAUGUACUGUAAUGUAAGGUCACGUGUAGGGUGAAGUUGCCCUUCGACACUGAUCUUGGGUCAGUUUAGCAUUUUCCUCAACAAUGGUUAGGAUUGGGGAAGCUGAUCCUAGAUCUGUACCAAGGGGAAACUUCAUCCCUGAGCUAUUUUUAGGCGCUCACAUGUGUUGGAAAAUAACCCUGAGGUGGCUUUUCUGUCUAGCAUGAUUAUUUUAAUGGCUGUUUAGUCUUUGGUUGAAGAGGCACUUUUGGUCCACCAUAUUUAUUGGCACUGUUACAGACACAGUUCAAAACUUAACGUGCAAUGCUACGGAUAGAUAAACUUGACAUACUCCUGGGGCGGAAGGUGGUUAGAGCAUUGGCCUAGUAACUGAAAGGUUGCAAGAUUGAAUCCCCAAGCUGACAAGGUAAGAAUUUGUUGUUCUGCCCCUGAACAGGCAGUUAACCCACUGUUCCUAGGCUGUUAUUGAAAAUAAGAAUUUGGUCUUAACUGACUUGCCUAGUUAAAUAAAGGUCAAAUAAAUGAAUACAAAUUACAUGGUUACAGACACUUGUAGGAUGUUUUGGUUUUACACUGUCAGGUGUAACACUAGAUAUUGGUUUUACACUGUCAGGUGUAACACUAGAUAUUGGUUUUACACUGUCAGGUGUAACACUAGAUAUUGGUUUUACACUGUCAGGUGUAACACUAGAUAUUGGUUUUACACUGUCAGGUGUAACACUAGAUAUUGGUUUUACACUGUAAGUGACAGUUAUAAUGUAGGCUCAGGGAGGUCAAGACUUCUGAACACAUUUGAUGCUCAUGGUGAACGAUUUGAAUGGACUCUGACACCUUCCAGGGAUUCCGACUGCAGUUGCUAGUAAAUGUGCCUCGUUCUAAAUGGAGAAAUGUUCCUCUUUAUUGUUUUGUGGUUUUACGAUCUACCACAGAGAACCUUUUGAAAUACCAUUUAUAAAAGGAUGUUAAAGCCAUUUUUGGUAUUUUUAUAUGGAAUAGUGCAGAACUGCAGUAGUACGGUUUUUAAUACUAGGUACUGUAACACAUCUGUUCUGAGGAUAUUUAAUGUUUUUGUACAGGAUAACUCUUUUUGUAUCAAUGACACCAUGAAAAUGUGAAAUCUUUUUUUUAAUAAAUGUGAAUGAUUUCAUUAGCAAAUUUUCUAGGCGAUUCAUAUCUAAUUUGUAUAUUGUAUUUAAGGGUUAAUGACAUUAUAAAUUAAUAGUUGGUUUGGGAUAUUCAAGGUUUUUGGGGUAGACCUGUUAUCAAACAGUGGGUUUGAGGAAAUCAGAGGUGUCUUGUUUGGGAUCAAGAGGACUUUUAUGAAACAGUGAUUUUUGAGGGUAAGUAUCUAAACUUGAGUUAGGUAUUUCACAUGGAUUUGAAGGAAUUUCCAAUAACAGUGAGUUUGAGGUAUAUGACUGUGUUUCAGAAUGUUUAGCAGUAGGUUAUGGGUAUACAGAGUCUUGUAUUUAGAGUUUGGCCAGCUUUUAGAAUGUUUUAUAUUGUUCUAAUUCUAUACAUGUCAUUAUUUGAAUGUUCCCCUUGUAAUGUUAAUGGGGCGCUGCCACUGAUGCCAUAGAAUGUUGUGUUGUCAUUUAAAUGUGACGUAAUGCAGAAACUGCAAUGGCCCAACUUUCUAAAUACAUGGGGGUAUUUAACAGAGUUUCUGUGGUAUGUGACUGGCUAUG